GAGCCUCUCGGCACCGGCUCACGCUCUCCAGGCCCACCUGCCCGGUCUCCACACGUGGGUAGCCGGAGCUGGGCCGCGCGCCCUGGCCGGGAGCUCGCGGGGCCAGGGCCCCGCCCCCUGCCCGCCCCGCUCGCCGCGCCGCCAUGUUUACUGAGGGCGGAUGGAGGGGCCCGAGUUUCUGCGAAGGCGCGACCUCGGCGUCCGGACGCGGGGAACACCGGGCUGAGGGAGUCUGCAGUCGGCUCCGGGAAGCCGCGCGGCGACGGGGGAGGCCUUCACUAAAGGGGAAAAGGAAGAGGGGGUCGGCCAGUGUCCCCGAAAGAGGGCUGGGGCGCAUGAAGAUCAGCGCAGAGCUCCACGAGCAGGAAAAACCCCCAAGCAGCCCCACGGCGACUGGACCGGGCCGCUUAGGCCACGCCCGGGGAAGAGGGCCUGACGCGCUGCGGGGCGGGGCCGCGGGGCCGGGUCGCGCGAGCAGCGGAGCACCAAGGGAACGGAAAAUGGCGCCUCACGGCCCGGGUAGUCUUACGACCCUGGUGCCCUGGGCUGCCGCCCUGCUCCUCGCUCUGGGCGUGGAAAGGGCUCUGGCGCUACCCGAGAUAUGCACCCAAUGUCCGGGGAGUGUGCAAAAUUUGUCAAAAGUGGCCCUUUAUUGUAAAACGACACGAGAGCUAAUGCUGCAUGCCCGUUGCUGCCUGAAUCAGAAGGGCACCAUCUUGGGGCUGGAUCUCCAGAACUGUUCUCUGGAGGACCCUGGUCCAAACUUUCAUCAGGCACUUACCACUGUCAUCAUAGACCUGCAAGCAAACCCCCUCAAAGGUGACUUGGCCAACACCUUCCGUGGCUUUACUCAUCUCCAGACUCUGAUACUGCCACAAGAUGUCAACUGUCCUGGAGGAAUUAAUGCCUGGAAUACUAUCACCUCUUAUAUAGACAACCAAAUCUGUCAAGGGCAAAAGAACCUUUGCAAUAACACUGGGGACCCAGAAAUGUGUCCUGAGAAUGGAUCUUGUGUACCUGAUGGUCCAGGUCUUUUGCAGUGUGUUUGUGCUGAUGGUUUCCACGGAUACAAGUGUAUGCGCCAGGGCUCGUUCUCACUGCUUAUGUUCUUCGGGAUUCUGGGAUCCACAACUCUAUCCGUCUCCAUUCUGCUUUGGGGGACCCAGCGCCGAAAAGCCAAGACUUCAUGAACUACAUAGGUCUUACCAUUGACUUAAGAUCAAUCUGAACUAUCUUAGCCCAGCCAGGGAGCUCUGCUUCCUAGAAAGGCAUCUUUGGCCAGUGGAUUCGCCUCAAAGUUGAGGCCGCCAUUGGAAGAUGAAAAAUUGCACUCCCCUGGUGUAGACAAAUACCAGUUCCCAUUGGUGGUGUUGCCUAUAAUAAACUUUUUUCUUUUUUUUU